AUGGUUCAAGCGCCCGCAGUUGUCGAAGUCUCGCCCGCUCGCGAAAGGAGCGAGGCUACUGACGAUAAUAUCUUCACCAUCCUCGUCGGCUUGACGGAGCGCCUAGCGAAGCUUGAGUCGUCGCAGCGCGUCCGCGACGAAGACGAAAUGAUUUCGGCGCUGUUAAAAAUUGCAUUUUCACUUCCGCCCUUGGCGCAAAAUGCGCGAUCGACCAAUGACCAUCGACGUGUUGUGGUCGCCGGAGCAGAAGCCAGCAGCUUUCCCGGCGCGAGCACCAGCGCCGGACGAUGGCGUGUCGAUGUUUGUGUCCCUGGCACCACCGUGCGGAUAAGCGCCACCCGAGCUACUAGUACCAUUGCAAGCAGCACCAUCAUCAGGACCCAGCAGCAAGCAGGAAGGAUGAACUACAUCUCGUCACCAACUGCGAGCCAGCAACAGUUGCCGAUCCGAAAAUUCGACGGGACCGAGCUCUGCCUAGGGCUGGGUAGUGGUUUUUUCGACUGGGGACGUACGUUCUUGCGAGCGAUCAAGUUCGCCGAGUCUUCAUAA